AUGGCCAAUGGCAUUGAAGAUCUUAUUGGGAUCCCAUUCCCAAACCACAGCAGCGAAGUCUUAUGUGGUUUGAACGAGCAGCGGCAUGACGGUCUCCUCUGCGAUGUCAUCCUCAUUGUACAGGACCAGGAGUACCGGACCCAUCGGUCCGUCCUUGCUGCCUGCAGCAAGUACUUCAAAAAACUCUUCACUACCGGCACUUUAACAGACCAGCCCUAUGUUUACGAGAUUGACUUUGUCAAGCCUGAAGCACUUUCUGCCAUCCUCGAGUUUGCCUACACCUCAACCCUCACCAUCACCACCUCAAAUGUCAAGCACAUCCUCAGCGCUGCCAAGAUGCUGGAGAUCCAGUGCAUUAUCAACGUAUGCCUUGAAAUCAUGGAGCCUGACAGAGAGGCAGAAGAGGAAGAUGACAAAGACGACGAAGAUGAUGAUGAAGAUGAGGAUGAAGAGGAGGAGGAAGAGGAGGAGGAGGAGGAAGUGGAAAAUUUUGUCAAUCAGGAGAACCUAAACGAUGUCCAAGAAGUAAGCUGUCACCAAAGCCCUUCUAAGUCUGAUCUUACCGAAGAAGCAUAUACAGAAGCACCUAAAGACUGUCCAAAUCACUACCCAGCCAACAACUCCUCUGGACACUUGGGCGUGAUACGAGACUUCUCCAUCGAGUCCUUGCUAAGGGAAAACUUGUACCCUAAGGCGAACAUCCCAGAAAGGAGGCCAGCUCUCUCUCCUUUUGCCCCUAGCUUCUUCCCACAUCUAUGGAACGGUGAUUUUAACUCCUUCUCCCAGCUCAAGGAGCCACAAGUAGACAACGGCCCCUUAGAUCUGGUGAUCAAAAAGAGGAAGAUCAAGGAAGAGGAGGAGAAGGAAGACCUGCCUCCGCCUCCUUUCCCUAAUGACUUCUUCAAGGACAUAUUUACCAACACCCCAGCAGCUCCCUUAGGGCACAUUAAGGCUGAGACUGAGUAUAGCGCUUAUCUCAAUUUCCUAAGCGCUACCCAGUUUGGAGGAGUUUUUCCACCAUGGCCCCUGGAGGAAGAGAGGAAGAUAAAGCCCAAGGCGUCCCAGCAAUGCCCCAUCUGUAACAAAGUCAUCAUGGGAGCUGGCAAGCUGCCCAGGCAUAUGAGGACCCACACGGGAGAGAAGCCGUAUAUGUGCAAUAUCUGUGAAGUCCGCUUUACCAGGCAGGACAAGCUCAAGAUCCACAUGCGGAAGCACACUGGGGAGCGGCCAUACCUGUGCAUCCACUGCAACGCCAAGUUUGUGCACAACUAUGACCUGAAGAACCACAUGCGCAUCCAUACUGGCAUCCGGCCCUACCAGUGCGAGUUCUGCUACAAGAGCUUCACCCGUUCCGACCACCUCCAUCGCCACAUCAAGCGCCAGAGCUGCCGCAUCGCCCGGCCCCGCAGAGGACGCAAGCCCGCAGCAUGGAGGGCAGCCGGCUUGCUCUUUGCUCCUGGUGGCCCACCGGUGGAGAAGAGCUUUGUGAUGCCGCCAACAUUGGAGGAGCUCGGCAGCACGGCCAUGUGCCUUCCCGGCCCCAGCCCCAAGCACUUUCUGAGCGGGGCCAAGUCCCCUUUCAGCCUGCAGGAGCUGGAGAGCCAGUUUGAAGAAACCCAGAUGAAGCUCUUCAGGCGAGCGCAGCUGGACAUGGAGAGGAACGCGAGCAUCUUCGCCUUUGCCCUAGGCCAUAAUGAAAACCUCGCUGCCCAACCCUUCUUCCCCCUCCCUGAUCCAUGGAGCACGGGUUUCAACGGCUUGGCAGGGCUCGGCCAUGUGGCUCCCAUCUCAGAGGCAAGCAAAUAA